AUGGCCUUAGUACAAGAAUUAAGUAGACAAUUGAAAGCGAAUAUUGAACAACCACAACCGAACAACAGCAAUAAUGUUGUGGAAAACAAUACAAUUCAUGCAAUACAGAAUCAAUUUGGAAUGAAUUUAGAAUUGAAUCGUGCUUUUGGUCAAUUAUUAAACAAUUUAUAUAAUACAAAUCUAUUGCAAACAACAACAGGAACAACAAUUUGGAAUCCACAUCAUCAUCGCCAUGAUUCUUCAUAUCUUCAAACUCGAUCCGAAUCCCCGCACCCAACAUCGGCAUCAGACAAUAUUAAAAAUAUUCACCAUUCGACAACGAAAAUGUCUUCUCCACCAUUAUCAUUAUUGAAUAAUAACACUGGCCUUGACAUUAAAUCCUCAUUGAAUGAUAAAAGAUUGAUUUUUAAUGAUACAAAUAUCAAUAUGGAUAAUCAACUAUUAAUAUCGGUGAAUAAAAAACUUAAUUCAGCCAUCGAUUUGACUAAUAAGCUAGUGAAUGAUAAAUCUAUUGUCAAUUUUCAAUCUAUUAAUCGUCAUGGCACACCAUUAAUAUCAUUAUCACCACACACAACUACAUCAUCUUCAUCAUCAACAUCAACAUCAACAUCAACAUCAACAGCGGCAAAUACAAAUGCAAAUUCCUCAUCCUCAUCAUCAUCAUCAUUGAAUCAAAAACCACCAUAUUCCUAUAUUGCAUUAAUAACAAUGGCAAUACGUUCAAUGCCUGAUCAUAAAAUAACAUUGAAUGGAAUCUAUAAAUACAUUAUGGACAAUUUCCCAUAUUAUCAUGAUAAUAAACAAGGAUGGCAAAAUAGUAUUCGUCAUAAUCUAUCAUUAAACGAUUGUUUCAUUAAAGUUAUACGUGAGAAAUGUAAACCAGGAAAAGGAAAUUUCUGGACAUUGGAUCCAAAAUUUAAUAAUAUGUUUGAGAAUGGAAAUUUUCGGCGCCGUAAACGACGUAAUAUUAAACAUCAUCAUCAACAGAUGGUUGAGUCGAAACGCAUGGCCAUGAAUAAUUCUCAUCAUCCUCAUCAUCAUUCGCAUUUUCAACAACGUUCUAGUCUAAAUAAUAACAACAACAACAACAACAAGCAAAUUAUCGGAAUUACUACAACUAAUAUCCAUCCAUAUGAUCAUCAUCAUCUAUUGCCUUUGUCGGCGACACAACAUUGUCUUACAUCUUCAUCGUCAUCGAUGAAAAUUGUGGCCGAUUCUAUCGAACAACAACAUUUUCAUAAUCAUCUUUCACCAUUUGUGGAUCUACAACAACAACAACAACAACAUUAUAAUCAUCAAUCGCAAUCAUCAAGACCAUCACCAUAUAUGAAUAUGUCUUUAUAUUCGAAUCCUUUCACUACGGCUAUUACUGAUAAUACUACUGCUUCGGCUGCUACCACUACUGCUGCGGGUUUAAUUAUUGAUUCUUAUCAUAAUCAUCCGAAUCUAUCCAUUGCAUCAUUAAGCAGUGGCGGUGGUACAAUGUCAUCACCAUCAUCAACAAGAUCAUCAUCGGAUAAUCAUGAUUUGUUGGAAAAUCCAAUCAACUGUUUUGAUGAUACUGAACAACAACAACAACAACAAGAUGGUACCAUUGAUCUUCGUAUUGAUACGAAAAAAAUCAAAGAUCGUUUAUGUAAAGAAUCAUUAAAUUUGGUUAAUGAUAUCGAAAGUCGCUCAUCAUCAUCUUCAUCAGCGACAACUGUUGAUGUUGGAAUCGAUAAUAUUAAUACUAAUAAUAAUAAUAAUAACAAUUCACCAUUAUCUCGAACACCACCUAGUGUUGAACGAAGAAACCAAUCAUAUGAUCUUCAUAAUCGUAAUUCAUGCUCACCAGAUGUCACUGCUGUUUCGGAUAAUUUAAAUAUCAAAUCAAUGGUUAUUGGCAACAUUGGUACAUCAUCAUCAUUGAAAGAUUAUUCAAUUGCAUCGAUCAUUUCAUCAUCAUCAUCAUCAUCACCAUCAUCGUCACCAUUAUCCUCAUCAUCAUUAAAAUAAAAAAGAACUGAUAUCGAAGAUUAAAAAUGCCUCCAUUAAGAGAAUUCACCAUUCAUUAUAUUAAUUAUUAAUUAAUUAAUAUAUAUUACUAUUAAUUGUUCAUCUAUAAUCAAUCAAUCAAAUCAAUUUAUUAUUU